AGAAGGUUCGAGGCAAUAGCCUACAACAGCGAUACAAUCCAGCAUUCUGCAGUACCUGUUGACUCGCCUCUCGCUGUUGUUUUCCCGCGUGCUGUGGUGUGUGGUGUGGUUUCGUUUGCCUCGGUUCGGUUUUGUGAGCUUGGGUCGGUCGCCUCUCGACUCCGAAUGCAGUUGCCACCGCGCGAUCGCCACAUGAAUCCGUCCGUCUUCGCGACCGGAUCAUCGUCGUCUACGUCUACCUAGGCCCGCAAUCGUACGCGUAUAUAUAUACUGAAGUGCAAGUGCAUGUAUGGGUGCUGUAAAAUACGCGCCGAUUUAAUUAAAUACAAAUACGAGUAGUUAGUAGUUACCUAAUAAAUAAUAGCGAAAGAAAAUAGUGUGUACGGUACGACGACGAUGCCUGAACGGUGUUCGAGUGUUUUCAUUGAAAUUAUCGACGACGACGAUCGCCUAAACCUAAAAUCGUACCGGUAUUCGUUCGGCCAUCGUUCCGAGUACCCGUCCGUCUCGCUAUGAAUACGACGGCGGCGACGCCGUGCAUCGUAAUUCGUAAACGGCGCAAAAAUUACGUAUAAGUUUCUUCGUAUGUGCCAAUCAAAGUUAUACUCGAUAGAUGGCAAAAAUAUGGACGUGUUUAAACUCGAUCAGUCUCUGAAUGCGAAUUUGGGCAAUGCUCCGCCACCGGACAAGCUAAACGCCGAGGUUUCCUUCGACGCCGGCUCCGAAUUCAAUUUGAGCUUUUUCGAUACCCCCGAAGAUAAUACUCAAGGUUUUAGCGAUCCCGGCUCCGUCGGAUCAACCUCCGUUACUUCACCCUCGCCGGACGUAUCGUCCCCUCAAGUAGCCACCUCGUCUUAUUCGCCUGUGAUUUUGCAACAAGCUUCCAGCUCGGUUAUAUCGUCCCCUUCGUCGACUAGUAAACAAGAGCAACAUUACGCUGCGGCGGAUUCCAAUAGUUGUACACCCACUGCCAAAUCCUUUGUACCGUGUAAAGUUUGUGGAGAUAAAGCAUCCGGAUACCAUUACGGAGUUACUUCCUGUGAAGGCUGUAAGGGAUUUUUUCGAAGAAGUAUUCAGAAACAGAUCGAGUACCGUUGUCUGAGGGAUGGAAAAUGUUUAGUCAUCAGAUUGAAUAGAAAUAGGUGUCAAUAUUGCAGAUUUAAGAAAUGUUUAGCUGUCGGCAUGUCCAGAGAUUCUGUUCGAUAUGGUCGUGUACCAAAAAGAUCAAGAGAAAGGAGUGAUAGCGAAUCGAAUCGAGUAUCGACUUCUGAUUCGUCCGAGCAUUCUGAUGCCGAAAGUAAACAUUUAGCAGUAUAUGAUGUUAUUUUAAUGGUGUCUCAAGCUCACCAUGCUAACUGUGAUUACACUGAAGAGCAAACAAGGGGAUUAAUCAGAAGACCCAUUACUUCUCCUCCUCCAGUGGUGUGUUCUAAUCCCGAAGUCGCAUCUUCGACCGUAGAAAAUGAAGAAAUGCGACGUAUAUGGUUGUGGCAACAGUUUGCUGUUCAUGUUACUCCAACGGUUCAAAGAGUAGUAGAAUUUGCCAAACGAGUACCGGGUUUUUGUCAUUUGAGUCAAGAUGACCAGUUAAUAUUAAUUAAAAUUGGAUUCUUUGAACUAUGGCUCGGUCAAGUUGCAAGGUUAACAUCGGAUACAACUUUAACAUUUUAUGAUGGUACUUUCAUCACUAAACAACAAAUGGAAACCAUGUACGAUGUUGAAUUUGUGACGAAUAUAUUUCAGUUUGCUAGUUCUUUCAAUUCUUUAGCAUUGAAUGAUACAGAAUUAGGAUUAUUUUGCGCUGUGGUGUUACUUACUCCUGAAAGGAAUGGUGUUACGGAUAUAAAAUCCGUUCAACAUCAUCAAGAUCGUUUAUUAGAAGCUCUAAAAGUUCAAGUUGGCAGAAAUCACGCUAGCGAACCGCAUGUAUUGUCAACAGUGUUAAUAAAAUUAACAGAACUGCGAACUUUGGGGGCCAAACAUUUAACGCAUUUAGAUUGGUUUCGUUUAAAUUGGAAUAAAUUAAGACUUCCUCCUCUUUUUGCAGAGAUUUUUGAUAUACCAAAAUGCGAAGAAGAUUUACAAUGAUAAUAAUGGAUGCUUGAUUAUCACAAAUUUAUUUUUUUCUUGCUCAACUAUCAAAAUAUAAUGUACUAUUCACUGUUGCUUUUUACAUAUCACAACACACAUAUUCGUAAUUACUUACUGUAUCCUACGUAAAUUCGUCAAAAUUUUUGUGUACCUAAUCAUUUAAUACCUAUCUACUUCAGUCGAAAUUUAUUCUGUUAAAAAUUUAUUAGACAAUUAUGUUAUUUGUUAUGUACAUUUAUUUGUUUAUUUAUUUUUUUGUUACCUUUCAAACGUUUUAGACAUUUUGUUAUUCUGUUGAGGAAGAUUAAUCCUUCCAUUUUAGAUUAGUUUAGCUACAUAAUUGUUAUCAGUCUGGUGCUAAAGCCUUUUAAAAAGCGCAUUUAUCCAAUUAAAAAUAGCUGUAUCUCUAUUCUCUAUUUAAAACUCAUCUCAUUCAAGUUUUCACUCCUAUAAGAGCCUCAUUUAAUGAAAAUUUUUACACGACUAUUCCUAAUAGAAAAUUAAGCAAUGGAAUUUCUGACUGAAAUAUUUUUCCUAAUAUUCAUAUACGUACAAAUUCAACAAAGUAUUAUGAUUUUUCCUCCUCGUUUUUGUUUGUAAUUAAAAACAAAUUCUAUUAUUAUACUAAAUAUAAAAAAUACUUCUAUUAUUAUCACUAUUAGGUACGUUAUUUUUUAUUGUUACUUAAUGAAUUUCUUUUUUUUUUUACAUUUUUGUUAUAUAAGUGCUUUUAGUUGUGUGAGUGUUUAUACUUUGUUGUCCAUGAUUAGAGAAGUACGUUAUUCUUAUUCUUGUUACUGUACUUUCUUUUCUUUUUUUUUAAAUUUAAAUUUUGUUUUUAUAUUAUGUAGGUGUGUUUUUGAACAUUUUUUUCAUCAGAUAUAGACUAAGGAUUCAAAAAGAGAAACGAAAAUGAAAUUUUGACGUAAAUGAGAAAGUAACGGUUAUCUAUGCAUUUAAAUUGAAAUGCUUUUAGUUACUCGCGUUUGUGAACUAGUUGACAAAUUUUCAAAAUUGGGACUAAGAAUCUCAAAUACCUACCUGUAUUUUUUUGUUAUAAAAGUCUGUCGAUUAAAAACUAAUUAAUCUUCUUUACUACUUACCUAUUUAAAAAAGCUCUAAAAUGAAAAGGUGAAUACCUACUUAUUGGUUUAAUUUUAUGCUUUAAAAAUGUUCUCAUAGUAUAGCCAAAAUAAAAUAACCAACUAAAUACGUAGCUUUUUGAAAUGCUUUUUGAAAACUUUCAUUGAGGUAUGAUUUUUACCGCAAUUUUCCAAAAUAUUUCCGCUCUAUAACAAAAUGAUUGAGAAAUAGUUUUUAAAUGUACGAAUACCUAUAACUAGUCAAACGCGACGAUAUCAAUUCUUCGCUGCAUUUAAAUAUUGUAUUCAAUCAGAAUAAUAUUUUGAAAUUACGUAUAAUAUGAUAAUCAUUUACGUGGCAAUCACAAUGAUUUUUAAUUUAUGCAAAUAGGUAAAAUCGUGUUGUAAUUUGUCUUUUUAAGUACUGCUCACCGCCAGGUUGUGAUCAUACUCUAAGAAUUACGGCAGUUACUUAUAAAAUAAAUUUUUAGUCAUUUUACACUUUUAAUUUAUUUUAUUUAAUUGUAUCAGAGUAGGUUUAUCUUUUUAAUUUCGUCUAAAUAACAAAAAAACAAAAAUGUUUUAUAUUAAAUAUUGAAUGUGAUAAAAAUUGAGAACUAUCAUUGCAUAAGAUAAAAAUCAAUGUUGUUAAAUACCUUUUUUAAUUUUUAUCUACGAUUUACUCCAUUUUCUUCAUUUUGUUUGUUUGUUUUUCUUUUUCUGUGAAAAUUGUUAUUUGUUUGUAAUUAUGUUUAGUUAAUCGUGAAUGUUGUUAGAAAAAAAUGUAUAUAAUUAUCGCAGAUAUGGAAACAUUUACGCAUUCAACAACAGAACAAUCAAAUAGAGGGUAGACUGUACAGGCAUUGUUUCAUGAAUCAUAGGAUCGAAACCGUCGCCAAAGUAGUUUUUAUGUCUUUUUGAAUUUAUUAAUUACUACAUCGAUCGCUAGAAACAUAUUUUAAUAUAGGGUUUUCUAGUCAGUUCAACGAAUACAAGUAGUUUAAAUGGGUAUCUAGACUGGGUAUUAUCGAAAAUAAUAAAGAAUGAGAACGCUACCUACAUCAUUCAACAUUUUCUUAUCAGGACUCCGCGUAAAUUGAUUUUUUUACACUGAAAAACUGACUGCUUUAGUAAUUAAUUUUGCUUUUUCAGUUCCUUUCAAUUUUUUUGGUAUUUUUUCUAAAGGUAUGUUCUUAUUUUGAGUCAAUGUUUCGAAUGUCUAUCAUUAAAAUUUAAUUACCUACCAACAUGGUUUGUUUGAUCGAUGCUUAUUUUAGAAAAAUUUUGGCAUGUGAAUUUAUUUUUUCUCAUUGUACUUACGAUGAAAAACUUUCGUUUGGAUUUUGUGUAUUUCUCGAACUAUUUGAUUUUUAAAAAUGUAUACUCGUAUGUAGAGAUGUAGAUAUUCAUUUCACUCGAACUACAUCACGCUUAUAGUUUGUAGAAUCACGUUCAUGUAUAAUGGUCUUGAAAAAUUAAAUAAAUUAAGUAGGUAAUCUAUCUUCCUUGUAAGAAAUUCGUUUGUAUUGGUUAUUAAAUAGGCUAUCGAUAAAUCAACCGAUUUAGCAAGCGAGAACAUUUUAAAAAUGAGAUUACAUUUUUAUCGUGUUUGAUUGGUUUAUUACAUUCCACAAUAAUACCUACAAUCUAUUACACAACCGUACAUAUUUUAAAUUCUGUGUUCUGUAGUCGAUUAUUAAUAAUUUUUAAUUAAAGAAAAAAAUCGUUAAUAGUUUCUUAGCUUCACACUGCCAUCGUUUGUUUUUUACUUCCGCUUUUGAUAGAUAAUUUCGAGUAGGUACCUACGAUACCAAAGCUUAACGUAACAAAUUCUUAUUCCUCGUCAUACAUUAAAUUUGCUUUUUGUACCGCUUAAAAAUCGAUACUUUUUUUACUUAUUUUUAUUAAUUAGAUAUUUUUUUACUAAUUUUUUGAUAUAGCAUUUAUAUUUUAUAGCCCAUUAUAAUCGUUUUGAUUACUUUAUACUUUCUUUAUCAUUAGAAUCGUUGGAAUCGAUUGAAGUCUACUUUAUGUUCAAAUUGACGGCAUUAUAUUGAUAAAUAAUAGAAGGUGUUUGUUUGCGUAAAAUGUUUAGGCCUUAGGAGAUUUAUUCGAUAAAAAUGAAUGUUGAAGUCGUCGAUGUGGUUCUCUAUAAGCGUACCAUACAAUCAUUUUGAAUUUUUUUUCUCGUCGAAUUAAGUUGGUAAUAAAAAUUUUUGCGUUGGUCGGAACUGGAAAUAUUUUUGAUUGCUAAAUUUAAGAAUUUUUUAGAAUAAUUUACGUUUCUUUGUAAAAAAAAAAUAGACUGUUUAUUAUUUAAUCAAAAAUAAGUUAUUAAGUUCAUUGCGGUCUUUGUAACUUUGAUGUUUUUAUUUGAUCGCCUAUUUAGAUUGAAAAUCGUAUAGAGUUAGGUAUAGUUUACAAAAUCCAUUUGUAAAUAUGCUUAAUUUUGCAACUAUAAUUACGUUUUGUUCAUGAAACAUUCUUUAUUCUGUUUUCAUUUUAAAAUUACUACAGUAAAACAUCUAGAAAAAUCAAUUCACUCGUAUUUUCGUGUAUUUCUAUGAGAACGUCUCGUACUCGCGAUUCCCUAUAUAAAAUGCCAGUCAUUUAUUCCGUACCUAUCUCGAAUCAUAAAAUGUUUGGAUAUUUUGCAUUUAAGAGAUGGGAGAAAUUUUCAUAAUUGCCAUUAUGAAAAUAACGUGUGCUAUUAACUAGUGAAUGUUUUUCUUUGUCUAUUUUUAAAAAUAUAUUUUAAUACUAUUAUUUAUACGAAAUGAUUAUCUGAUAGUAAAAAUGUGAGAUCUCUUAUGUCAAUGUUUUUCAAUAAGAAUACUUAAGUGGAAGAUAUUGAUUUCUUAAUAGUAAGAAUAGAACAAGCUUAUUUUAGAAUUUUACUGGCUGCAUCACUGCCUUCUAUUUAAUUUGUACUUUCUGUAUACACUUUUUAAUUUAUUACUCGGACAAAAAAUGCGAUGUGUUUUUUUUUCAUAGAGUAAGAAUUUUUCCUUCAAAUAUCCGCAUUUAUAGAAACUUUCCCAAAAAUAUGAAAGUAAAAUGCAUUUUAUUUUUAUUUACCUUCAUGUUCCUCUAGUAUCUCUCAAUGAUGAAUAUGUUUUAUGACCACAUUCGUAUAGGUACCUAGAAAAAAAUACAUUCCAUUAUGUUAUAGGAUAUUAUAACGUGGAUAUUUCUAUUCCAUUGGUCAUUUGUUUUGAAGAAAAAAGAAAUCCAUCUUUUCAUUCCAUUCUUAAAGCCGUUUACAAAAAAUUUAUCGAACAUAACUUCCUACGGCCUAGAUGGUGUUUUUGUAAAUUCCUGUACAAUGUACUUUUUUCCUGUGUAAUGUGAUGACUUCUAUUGAAGAUUUUUUUUUUUUGUAAUUAGCAUAAUAUUUAUUCGCGACUAUUGAAUAAUGAGUGUAAAAGAUGUAAAACGUGCUAGAAAUUAAAAUUUAUAACAGAUAUGUUUCAUUUUGCUUUUAUAUUAAUUUUGUAAUUAAAAAUUUGAUUCAGUA